AUGCUCAUGUCCUUCCUCCAAGACGCUCUCCUACCCGGCGCGACCACAAUCCAUGCCAAGAAUGGACCUGCCUCCCCGAGCAGACUGAGGGCCGCUCCGCGCCGUGGCGGGCUGCUAUCUCCUUUGGUUCGGAUCGUCAAGGAACGUGCCGGGGUGUUUGAAACUUUCCUUGGGCCGUCACGCCACGAGGACCCGGCGGCUUCGACUCAAUGGGAAGAUGGGAGCCGCAGGCAGAUCCUGUAUCUGCGCAUGCAGGAUGCUAAAAAUUACGACGCGUGGCGCGCCGCUGCGCUGGAACUCGACCAGCUCGAAGGCAACAAUGACUGGAAACACCAAAAGGAAUCGUGCGAAUACGACUAUGAGCUCGUCGAGUCCCGGCUGAAGCAGCUGGACGAGGCGCGCAUCGAAUGCGAUGUCCAUCGCAUGUUGUUCCUCAUCCGCACCGCCUUGACGAGAGGCCUCGGAGGCAUGGGUCACCUGGAAUUGUACAAGCACUCGCACAUUGGAACGAAAGCUUUGAUCGAGCGCUACAUCGAUUCGGCCAAAGAGACCCUUUGCGCGCUGCUGAAUAUAACGGCAAAGCAAGGUGAAAACGGCUUGGACCCUCGUUAUGUCCUUGAGCAACUUCUGGCCACGCGACAGUCGUUCGGACGGAGCGCAUUGCUGCUCUCUGGAGGCGGAACAUUUGGAAUGAACCACAUUGGGGUCAUCAAGAGCCUUUGGGAACAGAAGCUUCUUCCGCGCAUCAUAUCGGGUGCUUCCGCCGGCAGUAUAGUCUGCGCGGUCCUUUGCACCAGGACGGAUGAGGAAAUGCCACAGAUCUUGGAAGAGUUCUGCUAUGGCGACUUGGAGGUCUUUGAAAAAGAAGGAGAUAGAGGCGUCCUGAAAAAGCUCGGAAGAUUCCUCAAGUACGGUGCCGUUUUCGACAUUUCUCAUCUGAGCCGGGUCAUGCGCAAUCUUCUGGGCAACAUGACAUUCCAAGAAGCGUACAAUCGCACCCGGCGGAUCCUCAAUAUCACCGUGUCCAGUGCCAGCAUGUUUGAGCUUCCCAGGUUGUUGAACUACAUUACCGCGCCAAAUGUAAUAAUCUGGUCUGCCGUGGCUGCAUCCUGUUCUGUGCCGUUAGUGUUUUCUGCUGCAUCGCUUCAAGCAAAGGACCCGAAAACAGGAGAGCAAGUGCCCUGGGAUCCGACACCGGGACGAUGGAUAGACGGCUCGGUUGACAACGACCUUCCUAUGACACGACUUGCAGAGAUGUUCAACGUCAACCAUUUCAUUGUCUCACAAGUCAACCCACACGUUGUGCCCUUCCUUAUGAAAGAAGAAGGCGCGAUUGCACACGAGGCUCAGCAAGAUUCAGCUGUUGCGGCUGGACCAAGCUGGCUUCACAACAUGGCCAAUCUUGCCAAGGGAGAGGCAUUGCAUCGGCUUCAUGUGUUGGCCGACCUUGGAAUCUUUCCCAACUAUUGUACCAAAGCCAGGUCAAUACUCAGCCAACGAUAUGCCGGAGACAUAACAAUUUUCCCGGCCAUCUCAUACGCCCAAUUCCCCCGAAUUUUGACCAAUCCGACGCCUGAUUUCAUGGAACAAGCCAUGAUCUGUGGCGAGAAGGCUACUUGGACUAGAGUCAGCAGAAUUCAGAACCACUGCGCGAUUGAAUUGGCACUGGACGAUGCUGUACGCCAACUUCGCGCGAGUGUCGUGUUCAGUCCCAGUCAGGUUGAUCUUCGAAGCAACGUUCUUGGCCGACCUAGGUCAUCACAUUCGGAAUCCGGGCGAGGCAGAGGAAGGACGGUCUCUAGAGAUCGACACCACCAAAUGCUAAGUGAAGAGUUUGAGCGUAAAUUUCCUGGGCGUCCAAUUACCCUGCGUCUUCAAAAUCCUAUCAUCGACAAUGCUGGAAAAGCAACAUUUCGCUCUCCCCGGAACAGCGACUCGGUGAUCCCGCAAGCUCCUGCCCCGGCCCCGGAUAUCAUCUCUUCUUCGGCCGAAGAGGAACCUAUCACGAGCGACAGCGAACAAGAUGGAGCAUCUGUAUCAUCCAUGGAUUCGCCUCCUUCGCCUCUACCUCACGUAUGGCAACCAGCAGAUCUGUUCGCUUCUGUCUCACAACCUAGCACCCCGAACCUUGGCAAUCGCUCCUCUUUGCGUAGCCCUUCGUCCCCUUUCCUCGCCAUGACCCAGACGCCUACCGCGGCUACACAGCCCAGCUCUCCGGAACGUAUUUACAAGCGACUAUUCCAUCCGCCGGUUAAGACGCAAUCGCAACUUGAGGACUCGCCGGAUAUCCCUGAUGACAAGCAGAAGAACAUGCCGAACGAAGGAAGACGACGCGGCAGCGGAAGCGGCUUGCAAAUCGACAUCAGCGGCACAAGAGGCAUGUUGAUGCGUAGAAAGAAAAGCACGUAUAGCAGUCUCCGAGACUCUACUCUGCCGGGACCAGGAAUUAACAGAGCAGUAUCUGAGGAUUUCAGAUUUCACACCAAGGGCGACUUUGCUUAG